AUGACAGUGAUAAUAUUUUACAAUUUUAGAACAUUUUAAUCAUAGAUAAAAUAUACUAAAUAUAGGACAAUUUUAGUUUUUAGUUUUUACAUAUUUUACAUUCUACAAUCUGCAUAAAUGGCGGCAACGUAAAGUUAAAACAAACGAAAGCUGUAUUUUAUUUUAUGUUAGGUUUUUCUUUUUUAUAUCUCUUAAUCUGCAUAAACGCUCGCGGCUCGGCGAAAAUACAUAAAUAAUCUAUUCGCUCAAUUUGAUUAUACAAAUUUUAUGGUUUAAUUGGAAAUAUUGGUAAUAACCUAAGCGCAAUGUAUCUAGGAGAAAAGUUUCCCAACUUCUCUGCCAAUACUACUGAAGGAAAAAUAGAUUUUCACGACUGGAUUGGAGAUUCAUGGGCAAUUUUGUUCUCUCAUCCUUCCGAUUUCACACCAGUAUGCACUACUGAGCUAGCCCGUGUUCUGAAGCUGGUGCCUGAAUUUAAAAAGCGUAAUGUGAAGGUCAUUGGCAUAUCCUGUGAUUCCAUUUCCUCCCAUGUGGAAUGGUGCAAGGAUAUUAAAAGCUAUGCUGGCUGCAAUGAAGAAGAGAAAUUUCCAUAUCCCAUUAUUGAAGAUGAAGAUCGUACUAUUGCCUCUAAGCUGGGAAUGAUAGAUAAGGAUGAGUUGGAUUCUAAAGGCAUGCCUUUAUCUGCACGAGCUGUGUUCAUUAUUGAUCCAAAUAAGAAAUACAGACUUUCCAUCCUCUACCCUGCUACCACUGGAAGAAAUUUUGAUGAGAUCCUUCGUGUGGUUGACUCAAUGCAGCUUACUGAAAAGAAUAAAGUAGCAACACCUGCCGAUUGGAAGAUGGGUGACGAUUGCAUGGUGCUGCCGACAGUGGCUGAAGAUGAACUCGACAAGUCGUUCCCUAAAGGAGUGACCGUCAUCCAAGUACCAUCUGGAAAGACUUAUCUUCGCAAAACUGCCUGUCCUAAUUUGUAAAAGUUUGUGAACAAAAAGAUUAUAUAAAUAACCUUUGAAGUUAUUAAAAUGUGAUAAAUUAAUUGUUAAAAAUUGUCUCGCACUGUUAAUUCCUUUGUUUUAUUUUAAAAAUAAAUAAAUGAAACUAAA